AUGACACUCGUCUGGAUGGUCCAACGCCUCGGCCGGCCAGGCCAACGACGAAAACUAGUCCGAAUCACAUUAUCUGGCUUCUUUAUAGUGGUCCUGACUGCUCUAUAUCUCUAUGUUUUACUUGCAUAUUACCUGGCAAAAAGCCCGCUCCUGGUGCCCGUCGCCUUUCAGCACGCAAGGAAUAUCCUCCUCGUGACUGCCCACCCGGACGACGAGACGCUCUUCUUCAGUCCGAGCAUUACCUACCGACGCGAUGAUCCGCACACGCAGCGGGGUUUGCUGGUACUAUCCUCGGGAAAUUACGAGGGAAUAGGCGAGCGUCGCCGGCAGGAAAUCCACGAUAGCUGCUCCGUGUUAGGCAUCGUCCCUGGUCGCUGCGUUGUACUGGACAAUGCUGAGCUGCAGGAUAAUCCGAAGAAAUGGUGGAAUGAGGAUCUGAUCAAGGACCUUGUUGCGGCGCACGUCCAGAAAUGGAGCGUUGAUUUGAUCAUCACCUUCGACAAUGGAGGCGUCUCAGGCCAUAUUAACCAUAGAGCUGUCGGCGCCGGUGUCCGGAAAUACAUCACGAGCACCCCGCAAGCCCCGCCCGCAUAUACACUGCAAAGUACCUUCCUGCUCCGGAAAUAUUCGUCGCUAAUCGACAUUAUCCCUACCGUCAUCCCGUUCUCAUGGCGCAUUCUCAAAGCUAUCCUUACCUCUCCCGCAGCGAGCGCGGCAGAUGGCGUCCAUGAUCUUUCUGCGCUACAUGGAUACGAUGACAAAGUCCUCCUGGUGAGUCCCUGGAGGACGUACCUCGUCUCACGAGCGGCGUUUCGCCAGCACACGAGCCAGUACUCAUGGGAUCGGUCGCUUUACUUGGUGAUUAGUCGGUAUAUGUGGUUUAACAAUUUGAAUAAACUGGUAUCUUGA